GUGGUGGUGGUGAGGGUGGCGGUGGUCAGGCCACGGAAAUGGAAGGAUCAUAGGGUGCGACGACACUGAGGUUUAUACAAUUACAUUUUGAUACCAGGGCCUGUUACCGAUGUCACCAUAGACAUGAUAGAAAGGUACGAAUGGAACCACGCCCAUUUCCCAGGAUUGUACCACCAACAUUCGUAAGCGCCCAGUAGUCGGGUACGGGGUCGGUCGGCCGUGCCGGUUGCAAGAUAGCUCGGUCAUUUCAUGCUGGGUACCGGGCCGGCGCUGCGACAUGCAGCGCAUGGUCCACCUAUAGCCUUAGCUCGCCCAAUUUUUGAAUACCCCGUGAGGCGUGACUGAUGUCUCUGUCAAAAUAAUAACAAUAAUGGAUAUUGUAAAACUCGUAGACUGUGUUGACUUUUCAGCUAAGAAGCACCGAAAUCAACGACGGAAAAAUGCAGCAGAAACUCCAUAUAUCAACCACCCCGUCGGUGUUGCUCGGAUCCUAGCCAAGGAAGCAGGAGUUUCUGAUCUAGCUACUCUUCAGACCACUGUGUUUGAUCUUGUGUCAUUGCAGGCUGCCAUUCUCCACGACACUGUUGAAGACACUGAUACGACUUUUGAAGAGAUUGAAAAACAGUUUGGAAAGGAAGUACGAGACAUCGUUGAUGAUGUCACCGAUGACAAGUCCCUCCCAAAGAUGGAACGAAAGCGGAGGCAGAUAGAGCAUGCCCCACACUGCUGCCCGAAGGCCAAGCUUGUGAAGCUGGCUGAUAAACUGUAUAACCUUAGGGACUUGGACCAGGAGAUACCACAGGGCUGGACCAAGGAGCGGGCCCAGGAGUAUUUCCAAUGGGCAUCACAGGUGGUCCAGGGUCUCAGGGGCACUAAUAAAGAGAUGGAAGCAAGCCUGGAUGAACUUUUUGCAAAACAUGGUGUUGUAGUUGAAACAUAGACUGAGAUACAGUUUCUCAUAUAUUCUAUUAUGAAGAUCAGCUGAAGAAGAAAGCACAGGGUUCCUUGUUCAUCAUUGAAAUCAUCAUUUCCCUAUUUCAGUCAGGGAAUUCAAUGAAAAUGCCUGAAAUCACAAAAUGAAGUCAGGUGAUUUUUUCUUGGCUUAAAAAUCAAAGCACUCAGUCACCUAAAUAAAGGAUCUAAACUUUAAAAACAUGAUUGUGUACACUUAACAGCGCAAAGGGAACAGCCCUCCUUGCCUGCAGUUAUGGAAUUUUAAGAAUUUAUCAGUGAAAAAUCAGGGAGUUUUGUUUUCUUAAAAUGCUGGAACCCUGCAUCAAAGACUUCUGCAAAUCAAUGGAGUGAAAAAUACCUGUAGAAUAUCCCAUUGUAAUAAUGGAACAUGAUUUGAGUCAGCAGCCUUUAUUACCAAUGUUGAAAAGCAUAUUCCUUAAUGGGAUGUAUAUGCAAGACAACUAUACUUUUACAUUGAUAUCAUAGUUUUGUCCUAUUUUGUUCAAUAUGCAUUGCACGUGUCUUUCAUUUUUGUCUCGCCCACCAGAGGUGAAGAUGAGACUAAUGUAUCUGUCACACACAUUACGAGAGAGUCAAUAGGAGCCUAAGCUUUCGAUCCUAGCAGAAUGACACAUAUUACAACAAUAAGUCACUUUUCAAUUAAACUUGGAUUGUAGAUGUACUUAGGGGACCUGCAUGUUAUGAUGCAGUUGGGGGUCACAUGGUAAGGUCAAAGGUCAUUUUGAGGUCAACAUUAAAGUUUACGUGCAAGAGUCUCGUUUGACACAUAACUCCGCAACCGUAAGUCACUUUUCACCCAACCUUGGGUUGUAGAGGUACUUACGAAAUCUGCAUUUUAUGCUGCACUUGGAGGUCACAUGGUAAGGUAGUUUUGAGGUUAAAGUUAAAGUUUACCUGCAAGACUCUCUAUUGACAAAUGUUAUUCCAUCCCAGUUAUUUCACAAUGAACUUUGAUACAAUUCUGUUGCAUGCAGUUGCAAAUGGCAAUAUUUCUGUACUGACCGCACAGAAACGUUGUUAGCGCUAACAGAGGCCCUGUCACAACCGGUAAUGUGGCAGCGAUGCCUAAUGUUACAACAAUGCACUACUUACACAUAGAAAUGAAUGUUUUCAAUUCACAAUCCGAAAGAUGUGACUGAGCUUACUGUUAGCGCUGUGUUAGCCUAAUACCGUUUCUGUGAGUUCGGCACUGGUCAUUUCCACAAGUGGGCGAGACACAACAUUGCUUAUAUAAUUCUAUUUACCUUGUAUUAUAUUGUUAUAUGUAAUUUAUUUUUUAAGACAAUACCCAAAUUAGAAAUAAGAUUCUAUUCUUGUGACUCUCCAAUCAUUUGUUAUCUUAGAAAAUGUAGAAAUGUAGAGAGAUCCACUUUUUAUUUGAUAUCCUUUACUUGGUGCCUAAGAAGUAUUAAAAAGAAAUAAUUAACUUAACUCUUUCACCUUGCUUUGUGAUAGAAUCACAUAAGAAAAGAUAUUUAAAUCUUUUCCAUUUACUAAUUAAUGAAUUAUCACUUUUAAUACCUUUUAUACUGGAUUUUUUUUCAUUGAACAUUCAGCAGUCAUUAAAUUGUUUUCAUUUUCCCACUGCAUAUUUAUAAAUGUGUUUAUAAAUAUAAAUGUAUUUGUAUUCCAGUCGUUAUUAUACAAGUUUAUUUUCAUUCAUGUAAUAAGGAAGUUGUAACCCCAUGACAUAUGGAGGGUUUAAGAACAUAGUAAAUGUAUUGAAAAUGCUCUGUCAAAUGUUAUAGCACAGCUGGGAGGUCUUUGUAAAAAAAUUGGUGAACCGGUACAGCAGUUUUGCCCUAAGUUUUAGAGUUGAUGAAAAAUUGCAAAUGUGUUUGUCAAGAGUCCAGGAUGAAUCUGCCAUUUUGAUUCACAAUAAUUGACGAAGAUUUAUUGAUUGGUCUUUUCAUCAUGAAGGACAUAUGGAGUCUUUUGACAAUUCAUUUUUUGUCGUUGCCGAACCUCCAUACGUCAUAGAGUGAAAACUCCCAAAUGUGUUUGACUAGCGUACCAAUAAUAUUCUUUAUGAUGGAUAUUAGAUUUAAGCUCAGGGAAAGAAGAUGAGGAAAGAGAUGAGAGGAGAGAAAUGGAGGGGGGCAACAAAGAUCAGAGAAAGAAAAGCGAGAGAAGAUAAUGGAGAGGAAUGAAAAGAGAGAUGACAGAAUUGAUGAGAGUGAAAGAUUCAGUGUGACAAGCAUGAUGGUGGAAGACCAAAGUAAACUUUCUCCAGUCACUUUGUACACAACUCCUCGGGUGAACAGACAAUUAUAAACAAACUAAAUUUGUAUUGUGUCAUUUAUUUGAAGUUCUUCUCUGUCGACUGUGGAACGCAUAAUUCAAAAACAAAUAUUAUAAGGGGUUAACCAAUGUUGGCAUUACUAUUACAAUAUAUGCUAUCCAUGGAAAAUGUACAGGGCCCCAUUUCAUGAAAAGUUAAUAGUAACUCUUGCUGGAAUGUCAACUACCAUGACAACAGUGAAAAGUCUGUUUCCUGAUUGGCUCCUUCAAUGAAAGCUGACAUUUCAGCAAGUUUCUAUCAUUGAAACUUUGUAUGAUAUGGAACCCAAGGAGUGUCAUUACACACACUACAGUAAAAUAUUUACAAAUAAUGCUACUUGGGAUAACCUUCACCACAAUACUCUUCAAGACAUACAGUAGGGUUAAAAUGAUGCAUUUUUUGAUGCAUUAGCUAUUCUCAAAUGAUCAAACAAUAACUUGCCCUCCACUUGACAAUAAAUACAAGUUAUAUUAUCUAUGGUACAAUACAGAUCUAAAAUCCACCAAUCAUCUACAAAAAUAUCUUGUACAUAUAAUCUGGAGAAUAAUUGAUCAAGUACUGCCAGUUAAAGUAUAAAAAAAUGAUUACUAAUUUGAUACUUAAAUCAUGCAAGAGCCAGUGAUUUUAGUCACGCUUGACUGUCAGACCGGGUGUUUAAAUCAAUAUACUUAAAGCUGAAAAUGAUGGAACUGGCAAGUGCAAAAGCUUUAAUAUGAGGACUAAUUGAUAAGACAGUGUAAAAAUGUAACUUAAUGUCCAUACAGUCAAAAGUGAAAAUACAAACAAAAACAAGUAACUGGUAAUCACCCCCCACCC